UUAACGCGGAAGAGAAGAAAGAGAAUGGUGAGAUAACAGAAAGCAGCCAUUUUUUCACUUUUUUUCAUUACCUCAGCUGAAAAGCUGAGAUUCAUUCUUCUUUAAUGGCUUCUUCUUCUUCUUCUCCUCCUCUUACUGCUAUCGAUGAAAGAAGAUCAAUGGAUUCCAGGAAGAAACUGAAGAAGCUCAAGUCAAGGAAAUAUUCAGGGAUGCGGUUAAUUAAGCCAUCGACUAGACGAGUUAAUACAGUCUUGGAUUCUCCCUCUUCCUAUCAGUCAAACUCAAAUUCUGAUUCAACCUCAGUCAACCAGAGUCCCUUUGAAUUUCCGCCUGCAUCGCCAGAUUUCAUGACGGUCAAGGAAGGAAAGGACGAAAUCGACGAAGCAGAAUCCGGCGCCAUUAAAGAAUCCGCUUCAUCUCGAAAUUAUCUAAAGGCAACAAGUUCUUCAGACGGGAAGAAGACGCGAUCUCAGGCAAGAAUUCGUAAUUCUAGUAAUAACUAUGAUAUCGAAACUAAAUCCCAAACAACUAGUUCGAGAAAUUUCGGAUUUCUGAUGAGCAAGUCUAGUUUUAAAUAUAGAAAGCCGGCGACGAAGAAUGUUAAUAGAAACACAUGUUCAUCCUCUCUUAAGGAUUGUAAGUUCCCUUGCACUAUCGAGCUUCAAACUGGAGAAAGAGAAUCUCUAAUAACGCCGACCAUGAAGGUAUGUCCUUAUACUUAUUGUUCUCUACAUGGUCAUCAACAUAAGCCGCCGCUACCCCGAUUCAGGCGCGCCUUGUCCAAGAAUAGACGCACGAUUAGGUCUCAGAGAAGCAUGAAAUUCAGAGUCCAGUCCUCAUUCAGAAGAGAGCAGUGUAUAGAUGAUCUACUCAAGGAAAUCGAAACGAUUGGUGGAGAUCCAAUUGUUCAAGAAAUAGUUACUGAGUGUUCAGAUUACAGCAAAAAAGAGGGUCACGGAUCUGAAGUGGAAACUGAAGAACAAACCGACUUACAGGCUGAUGAAUCCGUUGUAAUAGAGGAAGAAGAUGAUGCUGAUACAAUGGCAGAACCAAAACCUAAGAAUGCCACCAUAACUAGAGAACAUGAAGAACAACCCGAAUUACAGGCUGAUGAAUCCAGUGUAAUAGAGGAAGAAGAUGAUGCUGAUACAAUUGCAGAACCAAAUCCUAAGAAUGCCACCAUAACUAGAGAACAUGAAGAGCAAACCGAAUUACAGGCUGAUGAUUCCAGUGCAAUAGAGGAAGAAGAUGAUGCUGAUACGAUUGCUGAGCCAAAUCCUAAUUCUGAAUUUCUUUCUACGGAAAUGGACAAUGCUCCACUUCAUAAUCUCCAGAAUGCCACCAAAACUAGAGAACAUGAAGAACAAACUCACUUACAGGCUGAUGAUUCCAGUGCAAUAGAGGAAGAAGAUGACUCUGAUACGAUUGCAGAACCAAACACUAAGCCUGAAUUUCUUUCUUCGGAAAUGCACAAUGCUCCACAUCAUAAUCUCCAGAAUGCUACCAAAACUAGAGAACAUGAAGAACAAUCCGACUUACAGGCUGAUGAUUCCAGUGUAAUAAAGGAAGAAGAUGAUGAUGCUUAUACGAUUGCAGAACCGAAUCCUAAUUCUGAAUUUCUUUCUUCUGAAAUGCACAAUGCUCCACUUCAUAAUCUCCAGAAUGCCACCAAAACUAGAGAACAUGAAGAACAGACCGACUUACAGGCUGACGAUUCCAGUGAAAUAGAGGAAGAUGAUGCUGAUACGAUUGAAGAACCGAAUCCUAAGUCUGAAUUUCUUUCUACGGAAAUGUACAAUGCUCCACUUCAUAAUCUCCAGAAUGCCACCAAAACUAGAGAACAUGAAGAACAAGCCGACUUACAGGUUGAUGAUUCCAGUGCAAUAGAGGAAAAAGAUGAUACCGAUACCAUUGCAGAACCAACCCCUAAGUCUGAAUUUCUUUCUACAGAAAUGUACAAUGCCCCACUUCAUAAUCUGGAGAAUACCUCCAAAAGUAGAGAACAUGAAGAACAAACCGACUUACAGGCUGAUGAUUCCAGUGUAAUAGAGGAAGAAAAUGAUACCGAUACGAUUGCAGAACCAAACCCUAAGUCUGAAUUUCUUUCUACGGAAAUGAAUAAUGCUCCACUUCAUAAUCUGGAGAAUGCCUCCAAAACUAGAGAACACGAAGAACAAACCGACUUACAGGCUGAUGAUUCGAGUGCAAUAGAAGAAGAAGAUGAUACUGAUACUAUUGCAGAACCAACCCCUAAUUCUGAAUUUCUUUCUACAGAAAUGUACAACGUCCCACUUCAUAAUCUGGAGAAUACCUCCAAAACUAGACAACAUGAAGACUCUAUCGAGAUUCCAUGUUCUCCAAAUUCAACUGAUGGGAUUCUCAAACAAGAUUGUGAAAGCAAUCAAUUUUGUCCAGACGAGGAUUCUGAACAGAAUGAAAAGAUUGUAGUUUCUAAUACCCCACUUAGCCGAAGGAAUCAUGUUAGUAUGUGGCGUUUAAUAAACCGGCAUAUGGUUCUUGGUCUUCCUCCUUCAGACGAAAAUCCAAAAACAGAAAGUAAUCAAACAGAGGAUCGUGAAAUUGAGGUCCGCAAGAUACAUGCAGUCAAGCUGGUGCGAGAAGCCAUAGAAAAGAUACUUCUACCAGAGGUUCAAGAUGACCAAUCAUCAGUUUGUAGUGACAUUACAACAGACCAAGAAGAGCUCUUGGAGGAAAAAAGUACUCUGGUAACAUCAGCUAAGGGAAAUAAAUCAGAAAAGAAAGCAAUCAAGAACUGGAGUAAUCUGAAGAAAUGGGUACUUCUAAAGAGAUUCAUCAAGGAACUGGAGAAAGUAAAGCGAUUAAAUCUUUCAAGGCAACAUAGUUUACCAUUGGAAACGGAGUCAGAUGGAGAAAAGGUAAAUCUGAGGCAUCAAACAACAGAUGCAAAGAAAAAAACUGAGGAGUGGAUGCUUGAUUAUGCUCUUAGAAAGGUGGUCAGUGAACUCGCACCAACUCAACAGAAAAAAGUGGCACUUCUAGUAAAGGCCUUUGAAACAGUUGGUCCAACACCUGAAGAAGCGCUGCAGAUGACAUCUUUGAGUUUCAAAUACAAUGGUGAGAGAAACUUAAAUGUUGAAAGUUCUGGACAACAAAAUCAUCAAGAUGAGGCCGGCAUUAUUUCUACUGAAUCAGCAACUCUAGCCAAAGUAAAGAUUUAUAAAUCUCUGUCAGAUGGUAUCAAGCUGAGGACUGAUGAUUCAUGUAUAGCUUCUAUUGCUUCAUCUCCAAGAAGCACUACAACAACUUCACUUGAUCAUGAGAGAGAACUAGAAGAGAAAGAUGGUGAAAUCAUGCAGCCUGGAGAAUCUUCCCUAGAUGAUGUUCAAGCUGAAAGACAGUCUCCAGAUUCGAGUACUCUUCGAGAAGUAUUCAAUCGCAAGUUGAACGAAACUAAUGGUCUCGGCAUGUGGCGUAUGAUGCAUCAAAACAUGCAGCCUGGAGAAUCUCCCCAAGAUGAUGCUCAAGCUGAAAGUGAGUCUCCAGAUUCGAGUACUCUUCGAGAAGUAUUCAAUCGUAAGUUAAACGAAACUAAGGGUCUCGGCAUGUGGCAUUUGAUACAUCAAAAUAUGGUUCAAGGUCUUCACCAUAAGAAAGAAAGUUCAAUGCCAGAGGAAGAGGAUAAUGACAAUGUCAGCAGACCUUCUUCCGAUUUGUCUCCUGCAGGAAUUGAAUCGGAUGUUAAUUCCGAUGAAAGGCUUGAAAUUGAAGAGCGUAAGAUUAAUACAAUUAAGUUAGUGCGUGAAGCUAUUGAAAAUAUUCUUCUUCCUGCUGAAUUUCAAGAUCAUCAACUCUUAGAGAAGAAACAUACUGAAGAGACAUCUGAUUCAGUCUUAAAAGACAAUACUGAAGAAAAAUCCGGUAAACAAGCUUUGAAGAGCUGGAGCAGCCUAAAGAAAAUGAUCCUUUUGAAAAGAUUCAUCAAGGAACUGGCAAAGGUGAAGAAGACAAUCAAAAGAGGAACAGAUGACGAAGAGGGAGUUCACCACUUAAGGCGUCAAAUAAAAACAUCCGAUAAGAGAAACUCAGAAGAGUGGAUGCUGGAUUUCGCAUUACGACAGGUUGUUAGCGAACUUGCUCCAGUACAGAAGAGGAAAGUGGCUCUCCUUGUCAAAGCUUUCGAAACUGUGGCUCCACCAUCUGAAGAACUGAAUUUGCAAAUCUCAGCAUCUCCAAAGAACAACAAGCCGAUAGAUACUGGAGAUGAUCUUGUCAGCAGCGAAUCCGGUUUAGACCAUUCCUCCUUCAAAUUGAUCCCAGAACGGUCUGUUUCUCAAAUUGACAAUCCAAAUCAUGAACAACAACAAUUGACCGAGAAGAAAAAGAGUCAAAAGUCCGACCUCGAUCUCAAGUCCAAACUAGCAAAUGAAAAGCCAAUGGACAAGCGACAAUACAUCAGCAUGUGGCACCAGCUAUGCCAACAUGUUGUAUCGAGUGCUGAGGAAAAAGUUGAAAAAGACGACGCAGCCAAUGAUGAUACGAAUAAGAGAGAAUUGGAAUUCAAACAGAGUGAUGCUGUUAGACUUGUGAAAGAAGCAAUAGGUGAAAUAAUGUCUCAAGAAACUAAGGAUGACUCGUCUGAUGCUCAAUCAACUUGCAGCGAUGAUGAUGGCUUCGAUAAACAGAUGGCUCAAGCGGUGAAGAUGAGUAAAUCUAUGGGAGAAGGGCUGAAGAAAUGGAGCAAGGUGAGAAAGCUGAUAAUCCUGAAGAGGAGUAUUAAAGCAAUGGAGAAUGCUAGAAAAGAGUACAGUCAACGCCCGCCACAGUUUCUAGCAUUGAAAGCUGAGAUUGGAGAAGAAAAGAUAGAUUUAAGGCAGCAAAUGAUUGAUGAGAGAAAGAAAGCUGAGGAUUGGAUGCUUGAUUAUGCACUUCAAAAUAUUGUUAACAAAUUGAACCCAGCUCGUAAAAGAAGAGUGUCUAUGCUAGUGGAAGCUUUUGAAGCUGUUGUUCCUUUACCAGCAUUUUAAGCCUAAAAAAAAGGUAUUCUUUUCUUUUCUAUUAUUGUAAUGUAUACAAGCUUGUAUGUAAUUUGGAUUGGGUAUGUCUUAAUUUAAACUGUGUUAGGGGUGUUUUUGGUGUAAA